CGCCCGCCCGCGCCGUGGUUCGAGGACCUCCAGGCUGCCGCCGGGACGGCUCCGGGCUGGCGGCGGGGCCGCCCCGAGCGGCAACUUUCGGCCCCGGGCCUCAGCCGCCCGGUCGCUCACGGAAGCUAGGGGAGAUGCUGGUGGCAGCGGAGCUGAGGGGCCGGCGGGCCCCCACUUUUGCCGCGACCGCCACGACCUCCUCGUCCACCUGAAGCGCCUGACGAAGGGCAACAAGGCGAAGAUGGCAGCGGGCCUGGAUGUGACCAGCCGCCCACCCAACCGCUUCCAGCGCUUGCUUGGCACGCCACUGAACGGGCAGCCGCUGCCUCCGCCCUCGACGCUCAGCAAUGCCAACAGGCCUGGACUGCUGACUGUAGGACAGUUUCAUCAACUUUACGGUCAAGGUGUUUUCCCUCCUUACUCCUACACGGCAACCUCGUGCCGAGCCCCCAGCACUUCACCAGCACAAAGAUUAGGUCCGACUCCAGUCCCUUCCACUUGGAUCCAGCAGGGACCACUUGGGUUGCUGCCAGGGCAAGGGGCUUCCCCAGCUUUUCCAGAUAAAGGGGCUGCCUUUCCGGUACUCCAGACGCUUCCAACGGGAGCCACGUACACACUCCAGCCUGUGGCUUCUCUUCCGCCACUUCAGCAAGGGACUCAAAGCGUUGCCGCAUCCAUUGCAAAUUGUAGCAGCUCUGCAUCUUCAGUGCCGUACUCACAAACCUGCUGUCCAACAGGUUAA